GGGAGGGGGAGGAGAGGAGGAGGGUCGUGGGAGGCAGAAAGAGUGGAGAGGGUGGGGGGUAGAGGAGAGAAUGUGGCAAGGCCAGAAGUGUUGUACUCUAUGCUUCAGUGACGAUGGGAAGGAGGGUGGAGGCCAUAGCGAGUUUUCUGGCCUGUUUACACGAGUCACAAGGUGCGAAGACUCUACAGCAGCCACGCCGAGAGGAGGAGCAGCAGCAGCAGGAACGGCGAGGAGUGUAUGUGGGUUCGUCUCAGCAGCUCGGUGUUCUCGUUCCUGACGCGGUCACCCUGUGAACGAGCUAGCCCGGCGGCAUCUGGGCCUUUCCGAUAGCACGGAGUCCAAUUCGAUACGGUUUUGUGGUUUACGUGAGGACUAGGAAAACGAAGACGAGCGAAAGAUUUGGGGAAUGAAAUGAAAGCGUGGCGGAGGAGUAGACAGGGGUGAGUCGAUUGACACUGGAAUAGAGGACAGGUUGUUAGUGGUCGUCUUAGUAGGACGAUAAUGGGAAAAAGGAGAGCGGACUUUUUGGUCCUCUUAAUGUAGAGAGAGAGAGAGAGAGAGAGAGAGAGAGAGAGAGAGAGAGAGAGAGAGAGGGAGAGGGAGAGCGAGCGCAGAUCGAUCGAUCGAUUUUGAAUUGGGGGAAGGAGAAGGAAGGGAGGAAAGAUGGUGUCGAGAUCUUACGCAAACCUUCUGGAUCUAGGUACAGGGGCGGAGUCGCCGCGAUGGGGCAGGCGAAUGCCGCGAGUGAUGACCGUGGCAGGGCUGUGCAGCGAGCAGGAUGUGUGUCCCAGCCCCAGGAGCACGGCCUCCGGAGGCACUGCGCAGGAGCAUAUGAUCAUUGUAGGGCAUAUGCUGCCGCUGCACGCAGAAAGAAGUGAGGAUGGGCACGGCUGGGAGUUCAAGUGGGAUGACGAUUCGUUGAUGUUGCAGCUCAAGGAUGGUGUUUCGGCUGACAGGGAAGUGAUUUACAUAGGGUGCCUGAAAGUGGAUGUGAGUGUGGAUGAGCAAGACGAAGUGGCAGCAAAGCUGCUGGAGAACUUCAAUUGCGUGCCGGCAUUCCUGCCGGCCGAGGUAAGAAGCAAUUUCUACCAUGGCUUCUGUAAGGGUCAAUUGUGGCCGCUGUUUCACUACAUGCUUCCUUUGAAUGCGGGUCACGGAGGCCGGUUUGACCGCGCCCAGUGGCAAGCCUACGUAUCAGCUAACAGAAUGUUCGCCGACAAAGUGAUGGAGGUGAUCAGCCCGGAUGUUGAUUACGUAUGGAUACAUGACUAUCAUUUGCUCGUUCUGCCCACCUUUUUGCGCAAGAGGUUCAACAAGAUCAAGAUGGGGUUUUUCCUGCACAGUCCUUUUCCUUCGUCUGAGAUUUACAGGACUUUGCCAGUGCGUGAUGAGAUUCUCAGGUCGCUGUUGAAUGCUGACUUGAUUGGCUUUCACACAUUUGACUAUGCGAGACACUUCCUAUCUUGCUGCAGUCGAAUGUUGGGGCUAGAGUAUGAAUCCAAAAGAGGAUAUAUAGGAUUGGAGUACUACGGUCGUAUGGUUGGAAUCAAGAUUAUGCCUGUAGGAAUUCACAUGGGACAGCUGGAAGCUGGGUUAAAUAUGCCGGAGACGAAGUGGCGGACAGCAGAACUGAAGGCACAACUGGAGGGGAAAGUAGUAUUGCUUGGGGUGGAUGAUAUGGAUAUAUUCAAGGGCCUCAGUCUUAAACUGCUGGCCAUGGAGGCACUUUUGAAGCAACACGUAGAAUGGCAAGGAAAGGUGGUGUUGGUGCAAAUUGCUCAUCCUGCCAGAGGUCGUGGUAAGGAUGUCACCGAGGUUCAAAAUGAGAUAUACGGCCUGGUAAAGAAGAUCAACAAAGAGUUUGGGACCAAGAACUAUCUGCCGGUCAUGUUCAUCGAGAGAAAUGUUCCACUGUGGGAAAGAAUUGCUUUCUACACACUUGCAGAGUGUUGUGUCGUGACAGCUGUCCGUGAUGGGAUGAAUCUGUACCCCUAUGAGUACAUCGUAUGUAGGCAAGGUAGUUCGAUUGUCGACACCCAGUCUGAUGGGAUUGAGCAUCCCAAGAAGAGUAUGUUGGUGAUAUCGGAAUUCAUUGGUUGUUCUCCCUCACUGAGCGGAGCAAUACGUGUAAAUCCAUGGAACAUCGAUGCCUUGGCAGAGGCUAUGAAUCACGCCUUAACUAUGCCUGAAUCAGAGAAGCACAUCCGGCACGAAAAGCAUUUCAAGUACGUCAGUACACACGACGUUGGAUACUGGGCACAAAGCUUUGUGACCGACUUGGAGCGAGCUUGCAAAGAGCAUUCACAGAGGAGGUGUUAUGGUAUCGGCUUUGGUCUUGGAUUUAGAGUGGUCGCUCUCGGCCCUAACUUCAGGAAGCUUUUAACCGAGCACAUUGUGUCUGCUUACAAGAGAAGCUCUAGCCGUGCCAUUUUACUCGACUACGAUGGGACUAUGAUCCCCCAGAACUCUCACAGCAAGACUCCUAGUCCUCAAGUCUUGUCUCUCCUGAACACACUCUGCGCUGACCCCAAGAAUGUGGUCUUCGUUGUGAGUGGUCGAGGUCGAGAAACUUUAAGUGACUGUUUUUCCUCAUGUGAGAAGUUAGGCAUUGCUGCCGAGCAUGGAUUCUUUUACAGGUGGUGUAGAGAUGAAGAAUGGACUUCUUGUAUCUCUGUCCAGGACUUCGAUUGGAAGGAAUUAGUUGAGCCAAUUAUGAGGCUGUACACUGAGUGUACUGAUGGUUCUUACAUUGAAGCCAAGGAAAGUGCGCUUGUAUGGCAUUUUCGAGAUGCAGAUCCAGACUUUGGAUCUUGGCAAGCUAAAGAGUUGUUGGAUCACUUGGAAAGUGUUUUGGCCAAUGAGCCAGUUGCUGUGAAAAGCGGACAACAUAUUGUAGAAGUUAAACCUCAGGGAGCUACGAAAGGUAUGGUAGUUGAACAACUCCUGUCAACCAUGACGGCGCGGGGUGCACCUCCCGACUUCGUGUUGUGUAUAGGAGAUGAUCGAUCUGACGAAGACAUGUUUGAGAGUAUUGCAACUACAAUUUCGGGACCCGACUCUCAAGCUAAAGUUUUCGCCUGUACUGUGGGGCGGAAGCCUAGUAAAGCCAAGUAUUACCUUGACGAUACUAUGGAGGUGAUCAUGACUCUGCAAGGACUAGCGCAAGCGUCUGCACAGGCUGCUGCACAGGCGGUUAAGGAGGCGAGAGCUUCUAUUGCUCAAGCGAGAUUGCCAAGCAUCCCUUCUGAUCCCCAGAUUAAAAUGCCAGUAACUCCGCCGCCUUCGCUGGUUGUGGAAAGCCAGCUCGCAAAUCUACAUAUAUAGACACCAUGUGCAAGGUUUUGCUUUGGAGCUAGUGACAGACGAGCUGUAUUGGUCUGAUUUGCCUCUCAUACAAAUCUAUUUCAAAACAACGAAGAUAUUCUGAUAGGAAAGAUAUUUGUCGAAGCAUCUCUUCUGAUGCAUGGAUGCACAUCAAGCUGCCUGCGACAAGCUACUUGGGCGCUACUGGAAACCAUGAUAAGGACCUGCAAGAAGAAGAACUGCAGUGUUCCAUUGUUCGUUUACUAACAUUGUUGACCACUGUUGACGAAGUAUGUAGGCAGCAGCAGGGUAUUCUGCUUUCCCGUUGGCAGUGCAGCCAGGACCUAAAGCAGCAACUUCCAAUUUGUCCCUGAACUACCUGAAGCUGGCGUGGCGCUGUAAUCUGCAGGGCUUAGAAAGUCUGGAAAAGGGUUGUACAGGGAUGUCUGACAGUCACUUAGUAUCUUUCUGCGAAACUGCAGUCCGUUAUUGAAAUCAACACAUAUGGACUGCCCGUUCACAUGCUCUGUGAUUCAGAUGGUCCAUUACACAUUUGGUGCUUCUCAUUUGCAUCUAAGUGAUGUUUUAGGUUGUUUUUCGCCAAGAGAGAUCCCCUGCUAGGAUUAAAUUUGUUUCAGUGAUAGUCAAUUACCUCACUAGCAACUCGAUUCGCACAAGCAACUGCAUGGCACAUUAUUGUAAUUUUGAUGGAAGGUGUCACGCAGUUGCUCUUCGAGUCAACAACUUGUUCGAAGCUCUGAGUGGAGAUCAGUCUGGUCUUCGAAUUCAUGAUUCAAAGGAUCAGAUGUAAAUAUUCCAUAAGAGGAUUUUUUUUGAUUUACCAGGGAAGAAGUUUACCCGAGAGAGUUGUGCAAAGCAGUAUAGUACAGAUAAACACGCUCAUCAAGCCUUUGCGAAGUAGUUCGAGUGAAUGGAAUUGCUAGUAUGGUAGUUUAUUGCAUAGGGUGGCAGCAGUUGGGAAGCCAGACCCAGUGAUUUUGUCAUGCUUUAUUGUCAUCCUCCCCUUUCCUCCUUAUCUAGCAGCUUGAUUAUGUGGUGCCUUGGUCAGGCUGUAGAGCACUUUUGGCCCACAUGUGCCUUUGCAGAAUUUACUACGAAAGUUCCUGUCGUUUUAGUACACAGUGGGAGGGUGGUAGCAGAAUUGCAGAACAUCAUAAGACUCAGUCUUCAGCCGCAAUAACUUGGCUUUGUAAGUACCUCUAGCAAUAGAGCUGGAGGCCUGUGGUAUUUUUACUGAAGUACCAAUACCUAGCAGUGUGGCCUACACUUUCUUGUAGGUCUACUUACUGAGAUUUGAUGAUCUUCUGCUGUUUGUAGUGGUAGAGGCCAUAGUAAGGUUUUAGGUAUAAGUGCAUGUACAGGAUGAGUAUGGAAAAUUGAAGGAGCUGCCAUUGUGAUCUCCUGGAAAUCACUCUCUGAAUAGUACCAAGUAUUUUGGUCAGGAAUGUAGAUACAUGACCUUUACUUGCCUCCCCCUUUUCAAACAAGUGAUUUGCUCCAGCCGAAAUAUGUACCUCGUGUACUCUGUUGAUUGAAAUGUAUGGCCAGUGAUUGACCACUGGUUUGUGUCUUCAAAGUUGGCAAUAAAGGGAUCAAAUUUCAAAG